GGCGAAUGCUGUUCUCGUUUACGUUUCGUCGAGAUUUUCAUUAAUUCAACAGCUUUCUUCUCGUAACCCAUCAACAUAAAUCAAAAUGGCUCCCAAAAAGAAGAAGUCUGGCAAAAUGUCCAAAAUGUCAGAAGAAGAUCGUCUUCUCUAUGAAGAACAGAAGAGAUUAGCUGAGGAGGAAAUGAAGAAGAAAAAAGAAGAUAUGUUGUCACAGUUUUUAAAGGACAAACUGUCGAAAGAAGAAAAGGCCACAAGAUUUAACUUGAACAAACUGAACCAUCAGUGGAGGAAUAUAAUGCGAGAGGCCAAAUCUAAGGAGCUGAAGAAGGAUAUAGAGAUUCUGAGUCAGACGUUUGAACGGGUCGUGGACAGGAAGGACGCUGUCAUUAAAUCUCUGGCCAAAGACUUAAUGGAGGCCGAGGAACAAUACGCUAUGGCUCUGAGGAGUCACAUCCAAAACGUAGAUAAUAUGAUAGACUUACAGAGACAGAGGCUCCAAACACUGAAGAAGGAAUAUGAGGAGGAGCUUGAGAUACUGAAGACAGAGUUUGACACUGAGAGGAGUAUGGUGAUAGAGCAGCACUCGGAGGAGAUGAACAGCAUCGCUGACAUCCUCUUUGCCAUGGAACACAAUAACAGUGAAAGGGAAACGGAUGCCAAGUCAGAGUUCCAGAGUAUGAGGGAUGAGAUCAAAAACAAGAACUUGGAGGAGAAGCAUGCUCUACGUGUAGCCCUGGAGAGUAAAGUAGAUGACCUGUGGCAGCAGUUCAAACAGGCUCUACAGAACUACACAGAAACCACAGAGGAAAGGAAAAUAUCAUUCGAGACUCUGAAGGUCAAGGACGAGAAGAGCGCCCGCGAAAUUGAAAUGCAGAUGAGGAAACUCCAAAGAAUCUCAGAUCAGAUUUCACAACUGAAGAGCAAGAUGAACUCAAAUGCGAAGGAAAGCGAGGAGAGAAACAGAAAACUCAGAGAUGAAAGAGAGAAAAUGUUAGCGUUGUUCCAAGAUUUAAAAUGUCAGAUGAACAAAUUGCGGGAUGGUGAGAGAGAAAAGUUAACCAAAUUAACCCUGGAGAGCAAUGCUGCUGCCAAAGAAGUGAAAAGACAUCAAGACAAGGGUAAACAGAUCCUAAAGCUUGCUGAGAUGUGCCGUAAGUUGGAGACGGAGGAGGAGAAGGUUCUGCCAUUCUAUGCAUCCUCCCUCACGAAAGAGGAGCAGGAGGAUGUGGAGGCGGCUGUCCUGGAAGCUCCCUCAGAGCCCAUGUCACAGGUGAUGCAUGAGUAUUCUUCCUUGGAAAACUUCUGGAAGCGUUACAACAAAGUGUUGCUGGACAAACUAGCUCUGGACAAGGAGAAGAACUCCAUGUUACAGGAGAACCAGCAGCUGCGGAUGUUACUGAAGCAGUACCUCGACGGCAUCUCCGUCAACGAGGAGAUCCUAAGCCAAGUCAAUCCACUCUUCAUCGUCAACAACAAGACAAACGUCAACUUCAGUGUACCUGUGAUGGACAUGAGAGUAGCAAGACCAGGCCAGACUGUGAUAGAAGCAGCUCACGUGGUCAAGCACAUCGCACUUCCUCGAUAGACCACAUGUCCUGCCAACAGAGUAUGCACCACAAAAACCCAACAUCUUUACAAUACAUAUUUGUACAGAAAUAUUUAUGUAAAUAUCCAAAACAUGGUUUAAAAACUUACCACUUGCUUAUGAAGGAAAACAAACAGAACCAGUAAACAGAUUCUGAUGAAAUAUAUCUGAAAGCCAGGAAAGGCAAGGAUGUUCACUUUCUAGAUUUGUUUCCCACUUUUUGCUUCCGUCCUGAUUUGUAUGCUGGAGUACCAGCUAUCAGCAGGAUAGCACAAAUUAGUAAGUGCUUAUUUAGGCAAACGGUUCAAAUGUUUCAUACGAACCCCAUCUCAUCGGUUUGUUAUGGUCUGUUAUAUCCGUGUAUUUAUAAUGUGUAUAUGUAUAUAUAUCAUGAAAACAGAAUUAA